AGCUCAAGUAUUAGAAAAGAAAUGCUUUCAUCAAAAGGUUGAAGUCAUCAUCACAAGGUUCGUUAUCAAAUAAAGCUGGCUGGUCAACUACAAGUGACUUCUGAAGUUAAAAUCGACUUUUUGGCUUUCCUCCUUCUCCUCUGCACCAAAAAUUCGUGCCUUUCUUCGUUUGUUUCAGCGAGUGAUCACUGACUCAGUUCCUGCGUGGGCGAUGGGGAAGUGGGGUCUAGCGGAGGCUAUGGUGAAGGAGUUUCAGGAACAGUGUAAGACCCCAAUAGAGAAGCUGAGGCAGAUUGCUGAUGCCAUGGAGGUUGAGAUGCAUGCAGGUCUUGCCUCUGAAGAUGGUAGCAACCUCAAGAUGUUGAUAUCCUAUGUUGACAAUCUCCCAUCUGGAGAUGAGAAAGGGCUCUUUUAUGCAUUGGACCUUGGUGGCACAAACUUCCGCGCCCUUCGUGUGCAAUUAGGUGGAAAAGAAAAAGGUGUUGUUAGCCUACAAUCUGAAGUGGUUUCAAUUCCUCCUCAUUUAAUGACAGGUUCUUCACAUGAGUUAUUUGAUUUUAUAGCAACAUCUCUUGCAAAGUUUGUUAGUUCCGAACCUGACGAGUUUCAUCCUCAACUUGGCAGACAAAGAGAACUGGGUUUUACCUUCUCAUUUCCAGUGAGGCAAACAUCUAUUGCAUCUGGGACUCUAAUAAAGUGGACUAAGGGUUUCAAUAUUGAGAAUAUGGUUGGAGAAGAUGUAGUAGGUGAACUAACCAAGGCCAUGGAAAAAAUUGGCCUGAAUAUGCGUGUUUCAGCUCUAGUUAAUGAUACUGUUGGAACGGUAGCUAGAGGCAGAUUCAGCAAUCCGGAUGUCAUCGCUGCAGUGAUUCUUGGUACUGGAACAAAUGCAGCAUAUAUCGAGCGUGCAAAUGCAAUUCCAAAAUGGCACGGUCCUCCACCAAAAUCAGGAGAGAUGGUUAUAAACAUGGAGUGGGGUAAUUUCCGCUCCUCUUAUAUUCCUCUAACAGAAUAUGAUCAAGUUCUAGAUGCAGAAAGCUUAAACCCUGGACAACAGAUUUUUGAGAAGAUAAUAUCUGGUAUGUAUUUGGGGGACAUUGUUAGGAGAGUAUUAUUGAAGUUGGCUGAAGAAGCUGAAUUUUUUGGAGAUUCAGUUCCUCCCAAGUUGAGAAUUCCUUUCGUACUUAGGACAUAUAACAUGCUUGCUAUGCAUCAUGAUACAUCAUCAGAUCUUGAGGUGGUUGGAAACAAAUUGAGUGAUGUAUUAGAGAUCCAUGGCACAUCCCUAAAAAUGAGGAAGAUUGUUGUGGAACUCUGUGAUAUUGUUGCUAAUCGGGGGGCUCGCCUUGCUGCUUCUGGUAUUUUAGGCAUUCUGAAGAAAAUAGGACGAGACACUAAAAAGGUUGGUGAGAAACAAAAAUCAGUGAUAUCAUUGGAUGGAGGAGUGUUUGUACAAUACACUAAAUUCAGAACAUGCUUGGAGAGUACCCUAAAGGAGUUGUUGCGAGAUGAGGUAGCUGAGACAAUCGCCAUUGAGCAUUCUGAUAAUGGUUCUGGAAUUGGAGCAGCGCUCCUAGCUGCUUCUCAUUCCCAUUAUUUAGGAAUGGAGGAGUCGUGAAGAUGUGGCUAAUGCCAAGGUAAACAAGUGAAAUACUAGUUUCAAUUUUUUGUAUACCUAAUAAAUCAACGGAUUAAGGCAACAAAGUCUUCUAAGGUAAACAAGUGUAAUACUAGUUUCAAUAUUUUGUAUACCUAUGAGAUCAACAUAUUGAAGCAACAAAGCCUUAGUUGCCUGUACAGAGCUUCUAACUGAAGUGCGGAUCAAGUCAUUGUGUUCUUGCCUCAGCUUUGCUGCUUAUUGGUUAAUUGUGUUGGGAAGUCUCACAUUGACUAGAGGACCCUUAAGCUAGCUUUACCCAAAUAGUAUCAGGGUCUAUCCAACAUUUGUUUGUUAGGGGCAUUAUUUAGGUUACAUUUUGUCUCUCCCACGUUAAGGAAUAAUGAUGAGAUGUAAACUUUUGUUGAAUGGGAGGUAAACUUUGAUUUUCUAAUAAGAUUAAAUAUGUUUGACUUUA